AUGAGCACAGAACGUCCAUUAUUUACGUUGAACGACACCAUCAACUUCGUAAAUGUGACGUCAAAUAAUUUGACUGAUAACGUCACGUCACCACCCGGUGGGGGCGGAGCAGUGAGGUAUUUUCCAUGGGCGAAUCCUCAAAAUAUCAUGACUCAAGACAAAUCUGAUGACAUCACGUCGUUUCUACAAUGCUACAUAUUCCCUAUUUUAACGGUAUUUGGUAUUACCGGGAACGCUAUGAGCUUAGCUGUCUUGCUUCAAAAGAAAAUGCGCGGAUCCACUACGACCGUACUUCUAAUUGGACUUGCAUGUUCGGACAUUUUGUUCCUCGUGUUUAACGCUGUUCGGAAAUCCACGGGCAUUAUCGAGAAGUUUGAUCAAGAAGCGGCAGACACGUUGAAUGCGACGACGUUCUACUACAUGUUCUACUUGAAAACAGCAUUCAGUCGCGUUUCCACCGUCUUGGUCGUCGCAAUAUCUGUAGAACGCUUCAUUGCCGUCGCAUUUCCGUUCAAAGUCAAAACGAUCGUCACGAAGACGACAGUAACUGCUGCAGUGGCUCUUUCCUACGUCGUAACUUUGGGAUUUUUGGCCGUGUUGCCGCCUCAGUAUACGUUUACCUACAUCCGUGGAAAAGCAUACAUAUCCCAGACGCCGUUCGCUCUCAACAACGUGGAACCCCUACAGGUGUACAAUGAAUAUUUUCUGCCGAUCGCUUUCCGUCACAUCCCCGUCGCGAUGGUACUCCUCAUCAACGGAGCCAUCAUUAUUUUGCUUCGUCAGAGCUCCCAAUUUCAGAAAAGAAUGUCGACGAAAGAUGACAAGCGUAAAGAUGAUCAGAGAAGAAUCACGCGCACUUUGCUGACGGUUGCCAUAGUUUUUCUGCUCUGUCUACUACCAGGAGACAUCUUCUUAAUCUCUUCUCUAGUCGUCGAUGGUUUUCAAUUCUUCGGAACCUACCACAACCUUUUCCUCGCCCUUAGCGAUAUAUGCCUCAUGUUUGAAAUGAUCAACGGCUGUCUGAACUUCGUCAUCUACAUGGUCAUGAACAGAAAGUUCUACGACGAGUACGUACGCCUGUUCUGUUGCUGCAGCGAACGUUUCCUGUCAACUGACGGUACGCUUCAGAAAUCGACGUCGAGACGUACAACGCAAACGACGGUGAGAAAUCGCGACAAAGAUUCGUUCAAGGCCUACGUAGUCGAAGAGGAAAGAAGCGUGAACAACGCCGGCGAAAUUAAACAGGAAAUGAACCAAUCAAAAGACGGGUUUCAAAAUAAGGCUUACAUUGAAUGA